AUGAAAGCCUCGCCACACUGUAUACAUAUUUUGUCCUGGUUGCUGUUCGUUUGUAUACCCUUUGUCCUUUCCUCCCGCUCCCGAUCUCAGUGCACUAAGCAGGUGGACUCGGAUGGUGAUCUGAAGUUGGAUGAAGCCGAGUACUGCUUGCCCGCAAGUCUGGCCGAGAAGGUGGCCUCCGCCGGCGGCUUAGAAGUAAAUGGCAUGACACACGGCCUAAAAAAGGAAGCUCUGGAGAGUGCAAUACUCCGGCCGUUUGAAAAUUCCUCCCUGCCGGAUGAAAGUAGAGAUCUUUUACUAUCAACCGCAUCUACCAACCUUCUUACUCCGAAUGUAUCCGGUCAGUUCCUUUGCACUUUUAGGCCAAGGAUCCCCCCCCUAAGAACUAAGAAUAAGUUCUGUUGA